GAUUGGCUGAACGUGUCCCUUACGUCUUGCUGUAAACAACUUGCUGGAUGCGUAUGCGUGCGUAGGGACGGUAAUGGAGGAUAGUGAUGUACUCCGGGGGUUAGCAUGAUAUCCUCUCUGUGGUUUUCUACGCGCAGCCGUUUUUAUUAACUAUAGUUUAUUUGCCACAUAAGGGGACAGCAUUCGGUCUUACCUGGAGCAUUAGAUCAGAGAUGGAUUAAACAUCAGCCCUACUUUACAUCCUGGAACAGCGUCAGAAAAAUAAAGCAAAGCCUUUUGUAAAGCCUAGUGUGAAGGAGCUCCUCCUGAGAUCGACAAUGGCUUCAGACGGACUCUCUCAAAACCAUGGCUCCAAGGGAAUCAUGACGUUUUAUCCCACCAAUGAAGAAUUCAAGAACUUUAACCGCUAUGUUGCGUAUAUAGAGUCCAAAGGAGCUCAUAGAGUAGGAUUAGCUAAGAUUGUUCCACCGAAGGAGUGGAAGCCUCGGGCUUCUUAUGAGGACAUAGACGACUUGGUGAUUCCUGCACCCAUUCAGCAGGUGGUGACCGGCCAGUCGGGCCUUUUCACUCAGUACAACAUACAGAAGAGAGCCAUGACGGUCAAAGAGUUCCGCAGGAUCGCCAAUAGUGAUAAGUUCUGCAGUCCGCAUUAUGAUGAUUUUGAGGAGCUGGAAAGGAAAUAUUGGAAGAACUUAACCUUUAACCCUCCUCUUUAUGGGGCAGAUGUGAACGGAAGCUUGUAUGAUCCUGAUGUGGAGCAGUGGAAUAUUUGUCGCCUGGGAACCAUUUUGGACACGGUUGAACGUGACAGCGGUAUAACCAUCGAGGGCGUUAACACGCCUUACCUGUAUUUUGGUAUGUGGAAGACCACCUUUGCGUGGCACACUGAGGACAUGGACCUUUACAGCAUCAACUACCUGCACUUUGGAGCGCCCAAAUCAUGGUAGUCCUCUAAUCAGUUAUUUCUUUUCUUAGGUUUUUUUCCAGGUAGCUCCCAAAAUUGUGAAGCCUUCUUAAGGCACAAAAUGACUCUAAUUUCUCCUUCGAUUCUAAAGAAAUACGGCAUCCCGUUUGAAAAGAUCACUCAGGAAGCUGGCGAGUUCAUGGUCACUUUCCCCUACGCCUACCAUGCCGGUUUCAACCACGGUUUCAACUGUGCCGAGUCCACCAACUUUGCUACAGAGAGGUGGAUCGAGUACGGCAAGCAAGCGGUUUUGUGCUCGUGUCGUAAAGAUAUGGUGAAGAUUUCAAUGGAUGUUUUCGUCCGGAAAUACCAGCCGGAUCGCUAUGAGCAGUGGCUGGCGGGGAGAGACACAACCCCCAUCGACCAUUCCCAGCCCACCCCAGAGGCCAAGGAGUUUCUGGGCGAGGCCGGCGGUGAGGAUGGCGAGAGGAAAAGCACACAGCGAAUAGAAGCCAAACGACACUGUGUGUGUUUGGAGCUGCCCGAUGAGGUUGUCCCCAAAGAUGAGGAUGACACAGCGCAGUAUGGGAAGAGGCCCAGACUCAGCCUCAUCCCUCACCGAACCGCUGUACACGAGGGCAAAAGAAACAAAGGGCCGCCAAAGUUGGUCGUCACACCAACAAAGCUUACUCUGAUCGACCCGUUUCACAGGGGUGUGAGUCAGAGCAACGGUGACGGAGGCCGUCCUCCUCAUUACACCAAGACUCGAGCACCCGCCAUAUCUUCUCAUUCAAGGUCCAGAAAUGGACAUCUGUCUGUUUCCGCAGAGCAGAAGUGGUCCGAAACAUCCGCUCAACAUGGGCGCAGUAUGGGCGUGGCCAGCCUGCUCUUCCACAGGACUCUGAGUCCGAAGGACACGCUUCAGGUUCAAAGCUACACUCUGGAAAAGCAGCAGGAUCGCCGCACGCAGCUGCACGUCCACAGCUACGCCAGGGAGCACCAGCCCCGCCAUCCUCAGAGCCAAGCCGACACCCCGGUUCAGGCCUUAUCCCCGACAGGCAGCCAUGAGAUGGUGGACGCCAAGCCUCAAGCUCGGGCUCUUCAAACAGCAGAGGGACCUGCUCAGCCAGAGGCGAUCAGGCCACCGCUGCUGGAACACAAAGACGCCAAGCCUGAGAAACUAGAGCUGAUCCAAGGCCCAGUUAUGACCAAGAAAGUUGAAGUUGAUGUCUUUAACAAAUCCACCGUCCCACCGACCCAAACACCAACCCAUGACCUCAGCAAAGGCAGGAUGGAGGCUUCCAGAGUCAACAAGCGGAAGAGUUUCGAGUGUCCGCUAGCGGAUAGCGCCAUUAUCGUGCUGAAAGACACCAGUCCUGCACAGCAGCAAGAGCAGAUUCAGUUCAAUGUGAUUUCUCCAACUUAUCAUCAGGUGGCAGAGGAGCAGUCUUACUGCAAGUCUGUUUCAAAGAAGCAGGAGCAGGAAGCUCAGCUGUGCAGACUGCCUCGCCACCACCCUCUGAUCAGAGAGGCGUGCAGCGAUGAUGAUCAGGAUGUCAGUGUGGAAGUGGAACAGGAGGAGAAAGAGGAGUGGGCAAAGCCUCUCACCGGUUUGUGGCAGAGUCGGCCUUACAACCCGCAGGCAGAGUGGGAAUACAACAAAACCAUGGGUCAGCGGCCGCCUUACUGCUCCAUUUGUCUGCUCUUCUACACGUACCACCAGUCAGAGUCCGGUGAUGACGACAGUUUGAUGUUGGUGAGCCGCCCAGGAGGCCGCCAGUGGUCCCGGCCGCUGGUCCCAGAGAUGUGUUUCAACACUCACUCCGGCAGAACCAAUGACGGCGGGGAGGGCCAGCUGUCCAAUCCUCAUGUAGCCGAAGACGGGACAAGCCGCCUCAUCAGCUGUGCUCAGUGCUGCGUUCGAGUUCACACAAGUUGCUAUGGCGUUUCUGGAGAAGAAGCAGAGUUGGAUGACUGGCUGUGUGCUCGCUGUGAGGCCAGCGCCAUCACGGAGGAUUGCUGUCUGUGUUCGCUCAGAGGUGGAGCCCUUCAGAGAGCCAACAAUGACAAGUGGGUCCAUGUGCUGUGUGCAAUCACUGUGCUGGAGGCGCGUUUUGUCAACAUCACCAAGCGCAGCCCGAUCGACCUGUCCGCCAUCCCCAUCCCACGUUUCAGACUGGUAGGAGCCUGGUGUUUGAUGUUGAGUGAAAUUGAAUAUCUGAGAGGAAUCUGCGUCGCUUCAGUUUCCCACCUCACCGCCUGCGUCGCUCUUUUCCUCGUCUCCAAACAGGAGCGCACCCUGUACGCAUUGCGCAACAAAGACUCCCUGAGGGACCUCGCCGAGGGCCAGAAGGUGAUCUGUAAACAUAAAAAUGGCCGUUACUACCACAGCGAAGUAGUGGAGCUGACCACGGCUACGUUCUACGAGGUGGUGUUCGACGACGGCUCAUACAGCGACAACCUCUUCCCAGAAGACAUAGAGAGCCAUGACUGCGUCCGCCUCGGCCCCCCGUCUGAAGGUCAGCCCGUCCAGGUGCGCUGGACAGACGGCCUUUUAUAUGGAGCCAAGUUCGUAGCGUCGCACUCUGUCCCCAUGUAUAUGGUGGAGUUCGAGGACGGAUCCCAAAUCACAGCGAAGAGGGAAGACAUCUACACCCCGGACGAGGAUUUACCCAAACGAGUCAAGUCACGCAUGUCCGUAGCCUCGGACAUGCGCUUCGAGCUGUUCACGCAGAGCAACGUCAAACAGAACUCCAAGCGUCAGCGAGUCAUCAACUCGCGCUACAGAGAGGACUACAUAGAGCCGGUCAUCUACAGAGCCAUCAUGGAGUGACUCCUUCCAUCACUAUGGAAACGUUAAAGCCUUCAUGUCCUGCGUUUCAUUAACAAACAGCCGCUCCUCCUCCUCCUCUUCUUCCAAAGCCUCCCAGGCUUCAUAUUUAUAAACUACGGCUGGGACUCAGUGACUCGCGCUUUAAUCCAUCACUCUGCUGUCCGCUCUUAUU